CGUCCUUGGCUCUCCAAUCGUCCCCUCUCGCCCAUCGAGAACACGCUGCUGCUCGGCUGCGGAAAACUCUGGAGACGCCUCCAUCGCACAUGGCCGUCAUCGAUUGCGUCAUCUACGGCAAGGCCAACAGAAAGCGACGUCGAUCGACGCGGGCUGCCCUCUACCCGGUGCUGGCCGGCGUUGCUUGCGCGUUGCUUGCUCGCUGUUGGCAUCAGCCCGGCUGUGAGCAUCUCGACAAGCUAUCGCCUAGUAGUACGCUACCAACUCGUCCCGAGACUCCGCGCUCGUCGCUAACAAGCGUAAGCGACUGGUUGAAGCGCUAUCCUCUCAGGAGGGGGACGCUAGAGAAGUCCUCGACGUCUGACGGAAUGGAGCGGCUUCUAGGGUCAUCGACGGCCUCGAUGAUGAAGUUGCCUACAUUAUGCUCCGAGCUCCCGUCGCCGAGGCCGGCUCAUUUAGGUUGGGUCGCGGCGCAUUCGAUUUCUAGUUACGUACGGAGAUGGGAUGGCCGCCGCGUUCCUCAUGCCAUCACGAGGUGUCUCUCCGGUACUUCUCAGCCUCCGGAUGCUCCCAUCGAGCAAAUCAUUUCACUCCAACCAACAGCCUCGGUCUCGGUGAUCCCUCUGUAGGUAUGUACAUAAUAUCAUGCUUUCACUCGGCUCUGGAUUGUACAUCCCAACCGGACUGGUCGCAUGGCUGCAACCGUCACAUUUGAUCCCCC